AAUCGUACCAUUCGUGAUUCUGAUUUCCCCAUCUGGUUGCCGCCUCUCCAUCCGUAAGCGCCCCCCCCCUUUUUCCAUUGCCUCUCUCUAUCCUCAGCCCACCAGCAUCCGCUCAAGCCUGCAUACAGCCACGCACUCGCACUUCUUCACGCUAUUCAACCAUCGAAGCUGGCGUCAUCGUCUUUCGACGCUGCCCUUUGCGCAGCAAUUCUGCCAGGCUUUCAUCCUGCUUCGCGCGCGGUCUCAGUCACCGCGAAUCAGAUUGUGCAACAGCUUCGUCAGCCUUUUGCCGCUGAAACUGACUGCUGAGCUCCACCCACGAUGAACGGCUUCGCGCGUGAUGGUGAUUCCGAUAGGCCGGGGACGAGCAGCGGAAGACGAGCAGGCACGAGCAGCGGAAGGCCCACCACAGGUAGACCAAGAACGGCAAGGACAGGCACUGCAUCUGGUCAAAGACCUCUGACACGGGGCGUGGGCGGUCUCAACAACGCUGCGGGAGAUCAGGAGGGCUAUUUGGACGAAUGGGACGAGGAUGAGUAUGAGAGCGAGGACGAUGGUGACGUGUUCGCAUUCGUGCCUCCCGACAUUGGCCAAUCAGCGCCAACAAUUCAGAUUGGAGACGCUUCAGGCGCAAGCGUGAAUGCGUCGGCUAUGCCAGAGAUGCCGCCAACGCCAAACGAUGCGUCAAGGCAGGCUAGCGAUCCUAACGCUCUCAGCAUCGCUGCCACUGGUCUUGAUCCCACCCGGAAGGCGCAAGCUGCUCAAGAAGAAGAUGAAGAAGAGACUUUCUACUUUGAUGAAGUCACUGGAGCCGUUUACGACGCGCAGGGGAAUCUGGUAGAGAUGCCGCCCGGCUUUGAUCCUGCUGCGCUGCGCGAGAAUGUGCAAGAGACUGCGCAGGGCGACGCUCCCGAGUCUUUCCGCUCUGCCGAUCCUCACAUGGGCGACGACUCGGUCGCUAUAGGUAUGGUAGAGCAUGAACCCGAGGCGAUUGGCGAGCCCGUCGGGUUGGAGGAGGUGAGGAGCGCCAUUCCUUUGCCAGGUCGAGGCAACUCCUUCGACUCUCCCAUUUACGACGCUGGCACACGUCGCGCCGCUUACCUCGCCGAUCCGCGAGUGUCGAUGGAUCGCGUGUCAUCGAAUGCUUCGAGCGUCAGCAGGGAUGUGGGCCCGGCGCUGAGUCACGCUAGGUCAGUGCACGCCCUACCUCAAAUGGAUGUACUCGACGAAGUGGACUACUUGCCCACAAGUCGAGAAGGCCUAUCAUCACGGCACGGUGCUCGCGACUUUGGCACGACCGCAAGCGGCGGUAUGAUGGUUGACAGUCACAUCCCGGUGAGCCAAUCCCGGCGCACGAGCGGUCUGGGAACCAUUGACCCUGCCGCUGCAAACGUCUCUGCGGUCGGCCACGGCAGCAUGCGACAGCGCAACAACCGACUUAGCGUUCAUGCGGAUGCAGGUCGAAGUCCCGACAGCGAUGUCAAAUUCAAUCUGGGCACAAGCUACGACUUUGGUGACACUGAUGCCGACCUCUCGUCCAAGCUGGGGUACGAAGAGCGCCUCGGCGACGGCGAGGGACUGGCGCAUCCGUCGAACGGCAACGCCCAGAUAGGUCCCAUGGGAAUGCGUAUGGUCGAGCUUGAGAUGGAUAUGGAGGAAGAUUCGCCCUACCCAGAAGUUCGCGCCUCGGUUUCCAACAUCGACGAUCCCGACAUGCCGGCGUUCACCUUCAGGAUGUUCGUAAUCGCAAUGAUCCUUGUCACGAUUGCUUCUGCAGCGAACAUUCUGUUCAACCUGCGCUACCCGUCGCCCGCAAUCACUCCGAUCAUCAUCCAGCUGGUGGCAUACCCAAUAGGCAAAUGUAUGGCGUAUGUGCUGCCCAUCACCGAGUGGAGAUUGCCAAGGUGGCUAGGCGGUGGCACCUUCAGCCUCAAUCCUGGCGCUUUCAACAUCAAAGAGCACGCUCUCAUCACCUUGACUGCCAACGUUGCUAUCAGCCAGGCGUACGGAUUCAACACUCUCCUAGUUUUGGACUCUGACAAAUUCUACGGCGAGCCAACCAGCAAAGGGUUUGGCAUCCUUUACAUGCUCACCAGCCAGCUGCUGGGCUUUAGUUUCUCUGGCCUUUGCAUUCCCUUCUUGGUGACGCCUGCUAGCAUGAUCUGGCCCCAGAAUCUGGUCACCGCUACUGUGCUCAAUACGCUUCAUGCCGAAGACGACGGAAUGGAUGGUAGCAUCACGCGGUUCAGAUGGUUUAGCUUCCUGUCGCUUGGCGCGUUCGUCUGGUACUUUGUGACCAAUUUCCUCUUCACGGCGCUAAACUACUUCAAUUGGGUGUGUUGGAUUGUGCCGAACAAUCACCUCGUCAACACAUUGUUUGGCACUGUCGGUGGCAUGGGCCUGUCAGUCUUGACUUUCGAUUGGUCGCAAAUUAGCUACAUUGGAUCACCUUUAGUUGCACCGUGGUGGGCGGAAUGCAACAUCUUCGCUGGGUUUCUGGCUUUCUACUGGAUCGUUGCGCCUAUCCUCUACUACAAGAAUGUGUGGAACUUUGCGCACCUUCCAUUCAUCAGCGGACGCAGCUUUGACCGCUUCGCACAGCCCUACGACGUCAAGCGAGUGCUCGGCGCCGACUCGAGGCUCAACCUUGAGCAGUAUGCGCAAUACUCCGCGCUGUACCUUCCCGUCUCGCUGUUCAUGGCGUACUGGAGCGGUUUCGCUACCAACACAUCCGUCCUGGUCCACACUGCUCUCUACCACGGUGACGCCCUGUGGAAGGGAGCCCGUCAAAUCAAGACCGAAGAGGAUGACAUCCACGCCAAGUUCAUGCGUCGUUAUCCUACCGUUCCGAUGUGGUGGUACUUGGCCUCUUUGGUCGUCACCUUUGGUCUCGCCAUCGUUGUUGUCGAGGUCUUCAGCACGGGUAUGCCUGUUUGGGCACUAGUACUCGCCAUCGCCGUUUCAGUGGUCUACACCUUGCCAUCUGGCUUCAUCUAUGCCAUGACUGGCACGCUACCUCUUACCAAUCUUAUUGGCGAGGUUGUGGCAGGCUAUGUCAUGCCAGGCAGGGCGAUUCCGAAUAUGAUCUUCAAAGUCUACGCCGUUCAAACGAUGUCCAGCACGCUCAACUUCGUGCAAGAUCUCAAGGUUGGACACUACAUGAAGAUCAACCCGCGCUACACAUUCACCAUGCAGUUCGUUGCCGUUGCUUGGACUGCCAUUGUGCAAUGGGCUGUCAAGCAAUUCAUGUUCAGCCACGUGGACCGCAUCUGCUCAGACGACCAACCACAGCGCUUCGAUUGCCCCAAUGCAGACGUCUUCUUCAACUCGUCGGUCAUUUGGGGCGCCAUUGGUCCUACGCACUUGUUCGGCAAAGAGUCGCUGUACGGCAGUGUUUACUGGGGCCUGUUGGUCGGAGCCAUCGUGCCCAUCCCAAUUUGGUUUUUGGCUCGGCGCUUCCCAAGAUCUAUCAUCAAAUUCAUUUCUACGCCAAUCUUUUUCAACGGCAUCGCGUUCAUUCCGCCUUGCACCGGCAUCAACUACACCAGCUGGUUCCUUACAGGUUUCAUCUUUCAAUACGUCAUUCGCAAAUUCAACUUUAGGUGGUGGUCAAAGUACAACUUUGUCACCAGCGCAGCGAUGGACUUUGGCACUGUGACGUCGUUCAUCCUCCAAUUCUUUGUCCUCUCGCUGCCCAGGAAUGGCGAGGUGGCCCUGAACUGGUGGGGCAACUCGGUCGCCUUCAACAAUCUGGAUGGCGCUGGUACGCCCUUCAUGCCGACAGGCCCCGACGGUAUUAGACCGCCGCCGGCGGCUUCCAUGUGACCCCGCGCCCGCCCCUCUGAUACAAUCUGCCACGCGCUCAUUCGCUCGUUGCUUCGCUUCGUGUGCUUCUCGAAUGCCACAUCGUCCCGUCCAUUACUUCUUGCGGCCUUCUUUCCUCAUCGCAUUCCUCUCAUACUGGCCUCGCGCUCCGUCCCUUUCCAAAUUGGAGCCCCUUUGGCUGUCCUAAAGAGUUUGUAAAUUUCUCUUCCAUACAAGACUGCCCAGACUUUCCCGAGAGUGUGUCAAAUUCACAUGCAACAUGUCACGACGCAAUUUCUGUCGCCACGAAAUCUUGCCCGCAUG